AUGGCGUCUUCCAUUGUUCGACAUAUUGUAAAUCGGAGGUUUUCUUUCCGUUUUAUAUGGUUACUUUCAUAUUGGAACACUUUUUUCAUGGUGCAAGUAGGCCUGGCAUUGUUUUUCGCAGUAGGAUUAUGGGCUAGGUUUCAAUCUUCACCAAAAGAAUCUCACUUAAUUGCCGUGAAAAGAAUUUUUCGUUAUCUUGUUGGUACUACUGAUCUUGACCUUUGGUAUAGCAAAGGUUCUCAUUUUGAUUUUGUAGCUUAUUGUGAUGUUGAUUAUGCUGGUGAUAAGAUCGAAAGAAAGAGCACAAGUGGUGCAUGUCAAUUCUUAGGAGAAGCGUUGAUAAGUUGGUCAUGUAGAAAGCAAAACACGAUUGCCCUAUCCACUACUGAAGUUGAAUAUGUUGCAACAACAAAUUGUUGCUCCCAAGUCUUAUGGAACAAAAAUCAACUUGAAGUUUUUUCAGUAAGAUAUUAG